AUGGCGCCGGCUCGUUCCUUUGGCACCAAUAUAGGGCCCAUGAGGACGCGGCCCAGUCCAGUUGACCUCAGCACGACGGCGGAAUAUCAUCAUAGCCUGCGUGGCCAAAGUCGACAAAGCGAUUCAGAACGGUAUCCGGAAGACCCGCAACCACACGACGAUUGGGCAAAGAAGUCUACAACACGCCGAUGGAUUCCAGUUAGACCCAAGACAAGCGACUCCAUCACCAGAGUGAAAAGAUCGGCCGGCAAGAGAGACAUAAUCAUCGAUUCUCCAUUGCAGCUAUCCCGUCGACAGGUUGAAGAGUUCGAGACCCUGCCAAUAGCUGUACGCCGCAAGUACUUCUCCACGUUAGAACGCUUGAGAUUCGCUCAAACAUCUGGUGCCCUGGAUGACAGCCCUCAACUUGGCGACUUUUACAACUCUCCUAGAAGCUUUACUUUCUCCAACGAUACAGCGUCACGAAGAAACAACGGUCAAGGGGCUGGCGAUUUCACGCCUCCAGAUCUAGGAAGUCGAUUACAGACUUCAAUUCAUCAGACCCAAGCUGCUUCUACGGAUUGUCUGCCAUCUGGCGUGGCACUCCCCAUUUCGAGCGAGCGCCAUCUUACUAGAGAGCAGCAAGUGGCAUUGGCAAAAAGUUUGAGGGAAAGCGUCAUUUUGGAUGCGGCAGACGAAGCUAUAUAUAAGAUAGGACGUCGGGCGAGUCGCCACUUGAGCCCAUCGGGCAACGCACACACCCUCUCUCCAACCCAGUCCAGCAUGGAAACCCAAGAAAGCAGGGUAACCAAUGCCCAGGUUCAUCAACCUGAGGCUCUGGAUGCAUUCUAUGAUAGCUUCAGAUGGUUGGAUGGCGACGACAAUCUGGAUCUCAGCUUACAACUAGAUGAUCACCACUCCAAUCUAAAAGAGAACUUGGAGCGGCCAUCCACGGACAACCGCCCAUCAUUCCGCCGCCAUCUUUCUAUCAGCAGGAUGUCCUUUGGUCGUCCCUCCAUCUCAACGGGCCGACCUGGGACGCAUGGUGGUAUCUCGAUUCCCACUUCGCCUACGUCGAGCUCAUUGGCCCAGCCAGUACAUAGCAGACGGAAGUCGAGGACACUUUCCCUGAUCAACACGCGACAUACGCCACAGCCGUCGACGUCAUCCAUCGACCCUGCCGCAGCACACUAUCAGGAUCCAGAAGCUCGCGCCAAAUUGCGCGUGUAUCUGGCUUCGCCUCAGAAGUUUGACGAGGCGGUCGAGUUUGGCUUUCCCUCACAUGACGCCUUUCCGGCCCACUCGACUCCAGGUACACAGAUGUCGCGUGGUCACUCAAGACAGAUGCUCUCCCAAGACUCGUCAAAGUUUAAGACAUUUCUCUCAGAUGAUCGAUCGUCAGUAUAUAGCGACGAUCUCUCAUUAUCAGAUCCGGAGUCACCCAAAACGCCUCAGAGCCCCGACAGAGCAACUGCAAGACCCGGAGGAGACCUUGACAGCAGCGAGCUCGCACUUUUUGGCAAAAAUUCCGAUGCCUAUGCGCAACUACCGGUUGCCUCGAGAGAGAUGACUUUGCGCAUGACGCUCACGAGGCCCGACUUACGUGCUUGCGAGGAACAAAUUUACGGAUGGCAGAAAGGGGUGGAACAGCACACAAAUAAGCUGGCCAAGGUUUCUCCAGCCCACGGAGACUUACCGCCUCCAAAGAAGACACAUGUCGGAGACAAUAGCAAACCCAAAGAAAGCUUUGAGGCUUUCUUUGCCAGUUUAGACGACGAGGAAGAAGAAGCCGCAGCAGAUAACGGCGUCGUCAAACGAUUCUGGAACAAAAUGCGGCGCAGCUAG